AUGCGGUGGUUUCUCAGGAUGCUGCGGUUUGGAGCGGCGUUUAUUCUCUUGUCACUGGGACAUUAUUUUGCUGCCCGUUUUCUUCCAGUGGCGGACUGCGAUGAGACGUUUAACUUCGUUGAGCCAAUGCAUCAGUUACUUUAUGGUAGCGGACUGCAGACGUGGGAGAACUGCCCCCGCUACGCCCUGCGCUCCUGGCUCUUUGCGUGGAUCUACGCCUCCCCCGCGCUUCUCGUGAUUGGGGCGCCACGCCUGCGAAACGUCGAUGUAUACUUUUUUAAUCGCAUCUUUUACGGGCGCCUGGCGUGCCUAAGUGAGUUGUUCCUGGUGUACAGUGUGUGGGAGGCGGUCUCCGGCAGGGCUGCAGCAGUGACGUUGUUGUUGCUGUUGUUCAACUACCCCGUUCCUCACGCCGCCGUGAGCGCGCUGCCGACGAGUUUUGUCAUGAUCAACUACUUCAUGGCGCUGGGAUGCUGGCUGCGCAGCGGACGCAGGAACGUCAGGCACACAAGCACCCCUGCGAGACAGUCACAGCUGCAGCAAACGGAAACAAAUUAUUUCAGCGUCUUUGGAGCUGUAUUUUUUGUUGUCUUUGCCUGCGCAGUCGUUUGGCCGUUCGCGGGGUUUGCGGUUCUUCCGGUGGCUCUGGAUUUGCUUAUGCGGCACCCAAAGGCAUCGAUCUUGUCGCUACUUGUGUCGCUCGCCCUCAUUCUGCCGCUGGCGGUGGGUUUCGACGCGUUGUACUACUGCCGUUUGACCUGGAGCGCGUGGAACCUUGUGCGGUACAACUUGAAGGGUGGCGCAGAGCUCUAUGGGGUGGAGCCGUGGUAUUACUUUGUCAAGAACCUUCUUGUCAAUGCCCCCGCGCUUUUCCUCGCCGGCGCACUCGCACCUUUUGUACUUUUUCUUUCACCUGCGCUAGACAUGGGGCAGCGCAACAACCGGAAGCAUAAGGAGGGUAGAGGCGUCCAUGCAGAUACAUCCACAGUGUUGCAGAAACACGCCGCGCAAUCUUCUUUUCCGUCUUUUUGCUCCCUGACGAGCGCAAAGGCACUUGUGGUGUCUGUUUCUACCGCGUUGUCGUCGUCGACAGCAGCCUCAUCGUCGCUGUCGCGGAGUCGCAUGUUGCUGUGGGUAUCCCCCUUCUUCGUGUGGUUUACGUUUUGGCUCACGGUGGCACACAAGGAGGAGCGUUUCAUGGCCCCGGUGUACCCAUUUCUUGUCCUUGCCGCCGCGCUGAGCCUCACGUGUGUCUUCUUCUCACCGCGCUCAGCCCUCAACACGAGGACCGGCACCAAAACAACGCCGAAACGACACGCUCAGGUUUGUGUGACACCGUCACGUAAGACUUGGCUGCUUCCCGCCGCGGGUUGCAUUCUCCUGCUGCUCUCCGGGCUGCUGUCAUUCUCGCGCGGUUUGGCUGUCUACCACUUCUACGCCGGACCGCAGCGACUGAUGUAUGACAACUAUGAUGUGCUUCAGCAUGCUGCAGAGUAUAAGCGUGUGGCGAAUGCAAAUGCGGGUAACGCGACAACAUUACAUGAUCUGUACACGGUUUGCGUUGGACGUGAGUGGUACCGUUUCCCCUCGUCCUUUUUUCUCGACCCACAGAGAGCCCGGGUGGCGUUCCUAAAGACGGACGCCUUUGCAGGGGCACUUCCGCUUCCAUUCACGCGACACGGUGGCCAUGCCACAUGUAACUGCGGCGCUUCUGGCGUAAACGACCUCAACGAAGAGAUUGCCGAGCAGUAUGUGUCGGAUGCCGCCGUCGAAUGCGACGUCAUUCUUGAUAGCCACAGUGCAGAUGAUCUGCGCGAGUUAAAAGAUUAUCCACCGGACGUCUUUGCGUACCCGUUGGGGACCACACAGCAGCGGUUGCUCGACGUGGCCAGGACCUCGAUGUGGUGCCGAGUGUUGUAUUACCCGUUUGGUAUCAGCGAGCGGUGUGCUGUGUGGCGGCGGGUUGAACUGUUGAGCAAGCACCGUCCCACUGCUGUUGCUGCAUCAUGA